GGACAGGAUUAACAUUGUAUUCGAUCUGAGCUUUCGAAGACUUCAUCGAGAUGGUUUUCAAAUCAAUGUGCCUUGCCGCCAUAAUAGGCUUUGUCCUGAACGUCUCCAGCACUUCGGCCAAAGUCUAUUCUAACUGCGAAUUCGCCAGAACUAUGCUCGAAAAGGGAGUGCCCAGGGAUCAAUUGGCCACUUGGACUUGUAUAGCUUACCACGAAUCCAGAUUCAACACCAAAGCGAUCAACGGUAACACCGGGGACUAUGGAAUACUCCAAAUAAGCCAUUUGUACUGGUGCUCUGACAGCGACACACCUGGAAAAGGAUGCGGUAUCACCUGCAAAUCCCUUUUGGACGACGAUAUUUCUAAUGAUAUCGCUUGCGCCAGACAAGUGUUCGAUGAAACUCAAAGAUUCAAGAAGACUGGUUUUGAAGCAUGGACUGUAUACUCCGCGAACUGCCAAGGAGACCAGAACAAGUGGCUUGAUGGUUGCGGUGUGAACGACAGAUACGAACGCCACGUGGCACAGACACGCUCCCUAGCUGGAAGUAAUGUGAACAACAGUUCCCAGCUAGGUGGUGAAGACGAAGGGUUUGCUGGGUUUAGCCGAACCAUGUUUCGCUCGUCCAUUUAUUUAUUGGCGAUAGUGUAUCUACUACAUGUCGGUACAACAAGUGCAAAAACUUAUACCAAUUGCGAAUUCGCCAAGACGAUGUUGAACAACGGUAUUCCCAAAGAUCAGCUGGGGACUUGGACUUGUAUAGCUUCUCACGAGUCCAAUUUUAACACCGACUCUAUCAACCACGACACCGGGGACUAUGGCAUCUUGCAAAUCAGUCACCUCUAUUGGUGCUCGGACACUGACACACCUGGAAAAGGUUGUGGUAUCACUUGUAAAUCGCUCCUAAGCGACGACAUAACGGAAGACAUCACUUGUGCUAAAAAAGUUUUCGAAGAGACCGUACGUUUGAAGAAAAAUGGCUUUUUGGCAUGGACCACGUACGAAAAAUAUUGCACGGGUGACCAAAGCAAAGCUAUCGAUGGAUGCGGAUUGUAACUUUUACAACCAGAUUUCUUGUAUUUUAUUGGAGCUAAAAUAUAGAGUUUUUAAUCGA